AUGACGACGACGCAAAACCCAAGCGUCGCCGGCCACGCCUUGUCGAUUCCCGAGAUCCUUCGAAGCGUGCUUGAAUCUGCCGACGAUUCAACGACGCUGCUGGCCGCCAUUCGGGUCAACGAGCAAUGGUUUGACUGCGGUACCGAUGUCGUCUGGGGCCGCCGUCCAAGUCUGCCGAUCAGUGCGCUCGCCGGAGUGGCGAAUCACCGCCAGCAGCUGUACGCUUCGAAAAUUCGACAGUUGGAGUUUAACGGCGACGACGAAAUAGCAUUUCACGAACGUUUUCGACACCUGCAUUUCACCAACCUCCGGGCCGUCUCCCUCGACGCCUAUCGUCUGCGAAGCGGCAGCAAGUACUACAUCAAGCAGUAUCUUCAGCCCUCGUUGGAGAGAUUCUCCUUCUACGGCGGUGACCUGGACGAUGAGCUGCUGGAAUACAUCCGCACCACCUGCUGGCGCCUCAGCAUCAUUCAAAUCAUGGCGCCCGGGCCCAUGGUGACGGCCCCAGCCUUCUUCCGGUUCAUCUCGGGAUGCAAAUGCCUCAAAAAUAUCUCGCUUCACCACAAAAUGCGACACCUGCUGACGGACCACCUCCUGCUUCAUCUCGCAGGCCGACCCUCUCUCAGAAGCCUCGCCUUUGACCAAGUCUGCUCUCGCCAGAUUUUGGCUCAAAUUUCGAACGACCUUUCGGCGCCGUUCAAGGACCUGCAAGUCCUUCAUACAGCCGCUUCCUCCACGGCGGCGCCCUUGCUCGCCCAGCUCGUCGGCCAGCUUACCACUCUCGUCCUGACCGUCGCAGAUUCCGAUGCCCCGGUCAUGCACACUCUCGCCUCGCUACGGCAGCUGAAGCACCUCACACUGAGCUUCGCCGCCGACACGGAGCUGUCCCCGAAGGACAUUCUGUCCCUCAAGCCGCUUUGUGGCCUCGAAUCGCUCAGGAUCGGACCGGCUGAAGGCGAAUCUUCUGUCACCGUGUCUUUACUCGAAUCCGGUUUUGCAGAUUCGCACUUUGACGAGCUCUGCUCUGCCUUGCCGAAUCUGCGAGACCUGUUCUUCCACGUGCAGGCUACUCUAUCGUUGGCCGCCCUGGAGUCUUUGUCGAAGCAUUGCCCCUCGCUCAUGAAUUGUGAGAUGAUGCCGGUUUUCGACACCCAGAUGCAGGAAUGGGAGGCUCGUGAGGAUGUCCUGUUUCCAAACCUGCGCUGUCUCGAAAUCGGCGGCUUCGAAUCACCGACCAUGCCCGCCAAACAACUGGCCGCUUUGCUGCGAAAGCACUGCCCCCACAUGACGGAACUAUACUUCAUUGCCGGCAACCAAUACACGGAUGACGUGGACAAUGCCUAUGCUCUUCUGCUCGAUAAGGAAGAGGAGGACGGCAAUGAUGGAGGCUAG